GCAGGGGCGGCGUCGACGGCGCAGGGCAGGCCGCCCGCGCGCUGCUCGGAGUAGUCGUCGUCAUUCUGCCACCGGCGGGCAUCAAGUAGGCGUCGAGGACGCUGCCUCCGACUCCACAUUGUCACACAGGCACCAUCAGCCGUCGCCAUGAUAAUCGGCCGGAUCCACGACGACCUAUCCCUGGUCGCUGCCAGAGAGAAGCUUUGCGCCCACGCAAGAAGCGUCGGCUCGCCAUGCCACGGCACCCUUCUUCCGGCCGUGUAUCGCGCCGCGCUCACCCACUCGGGAAACAUCUCGCACCGGCCGCCUGUGGAUUUCUCGCACGACGCCAUCCUCUACGUGACGGUGAUCGUGGUUUUCUACGCGGCGAUAAUCGCCCUCCUCGUCGGCACAAACCUGAGACGCCGACGGAAUCGGCCGACGAUCACGGCGCCGCCACAGCAGCAGCAGGUGACGUUCGACGAACGCAGCGGGGCCGCGAGGGUGGAGAGCUUGAACAAAGAAUUGGCUGCCGAAACGCCGCCGGACAUCACGAGCGUGUGAUCACGCAUUUUUAACGGAAAAUCUGAGUGUUAAAAGAAUUGGAAGAGAUAUAUGAUGCUGUAUUUUUCAAUGUUUCUUUGCCGAGACAGAAAUUAUGAUGUUGACCACGAAAAGCCACAAAGUUAGUAGAUCAGAUCUCAAUUAGUUUAAAAAGGUUCAUAAAGAGUUAACUGAACGCUGAAGUUUUCAAAUUGUUCGCAUUUUCAAAUUAAAAUGGAUAUAAAAUUUUUUAUCGAUGUAAAUUUUAUUUUACAAAAAUAAUACAAUUUUUUGUUUUUAUUGUUCUCAAUUUAAUUAAAAUUAUUAUCAUGUUUUGAAAAACAUUUCAGUGAUUCAGUGACUCGUUUCCAAUGGUAUUGCUCAAAACACCACAAAAUUUCAGUUUUCAAAAGCUUGCAGAUUUUUAUCUUAUUUAAAACUGUGCAUUUUUUUCUUUGAUUUUAUUUAUAGAUUCCAAAAAAUUCUUCAUAAGAGAAAUAUAGUACUUUUUCAGCUCAAUAUAAAACUGAGCAAAUAUAUUGUGUGAAAUUAAGGUUGCUGAUCUCUUCCAAAAUCUGUAAUUUCAUUCUAAUUGGAAAUUUGCUUUUCCUGGUUUAUUAAAAAAAACUUUUGUAUGCCGAGAAUUUAAUAGUUACAGUCCAAAGCUACAAAAAUUAUAUAUUAAAGUGGCUUUUCCAAAUAUCAGAGUAAGAAAAUAUCACAUAUACAGGGUUGGAUCAAGAGGAAAACGCGCCCUGCUUAGAUUAAUGUAAUAUAUCAAUUAAGAUUUUACUAUUAUAGCGCAACGCAUUCAUUUCAAAUGUGUAUGGAAACGAAAGUAACUGGUGAUGAACAAUAAAACAGGGGAGUAAACUACUAGAUAGAGUUUUACCACCUCAGUUGGCAGGGUUCCUCUCAACGCGCUCCUGCUCCAGAGAUCGCACAAUUUUAUUAAGUCGACGAGAGCAAUCUACACUACCCUGUUAAGCAAUUUCCAUGGCAGCCCGUUAACUUUGAACUGCUCGUGUAAUUUGUAAUUUCAUUACUUGAUGAAGUGGGAGAGAAUUUGCAGGAUCGUCGCAAAAAGCAAAGAGCAAGAAGAGAUGAAUUAAAAUUGCUCCUUCCAAACAUAAUUUUCUCAGCUUUUGCGUUGAAAACGAAAUAAAUCAUAUUAAGAAAAUACAGAUGGGAUCCAAAUAUUUCUGUAAAAUUAACACACGAUUUAUUAUAAUUUAUUUAAACAAGGACGAGCUUACAAAGUUUUAUAUAAAUUUGAAAAAAAUUAAAUAGAACAUAUCUAUGCAUAAUUUAUUGAAUUAUUUACCAAGAAAAAUAAUUAUAUUUUAUUUUAGUAGAAUAAAUAAUAAUAAAUCUGCAAGAAAAUGAAGGUAAUAUUUAAGUUUUUAUCUUUUUCUUUUGUUAGUCAAACUGCUUUCGAAUCUACUUCGAUGACAAAUUCAUAUUCAGAGCGCUGGAGCAGGAGUGCAAAUAUUUGAAUCUCUCUCGUUGGUUAAAUCUCUGCCACAUUACCAUAUCCCCGCCGAGAUCUCUCUUUCUUCCUUUUUGUUCUGUGUUUGCUCGGCGAGAUUGAAAUAAUGUAUUGUGUAAUAUCAAAAGUUAUGUACAAUAGGGAUAUAAAUCGGAUUUAUUUAUACCAAAAUUGAUCAAAAUCUGUAUGAUUUUAAUUCUGUAUAGCUCAAUGUGCAUUAAAUAUUAAUAAAGCGGUGCGGAGAGAGCAUUUUCCU